UUCGAUGCCAUAUCAAAAGCCAACCCCACUGUGGUACAGAGCUUCCUGUCUUCCUCUCAGUGCUCAUCUCUCCUGUUGUUUAGAUGCUAUUGUCUUCCAGAUUUCACAGUCAGACCUCGAAGGUGAUGCUACUAAUUGUUUACCUGCACAUCCUUUAUGAAUAUUGUUUGAUACCAAGUGUUCUUAGGGCCAACCUGGUCUCAGAGCAUUUUAUAUUAUUCUGUAUGUAAAUUCGAGACACUCCUUUUAGUAUGUUACGUAUUCAUUUGUGGAUGUCCAUCACCCAUUUCGUAUGAUGUGUUAAGAUUUACAAUUCAUAUUAUAUGUUACGGAUUUGGAAGUAACACUAUGUUACGAAUUCGCAAGACGUAGAAUAUGUUACCAAUUUUCAAAAUGUAUGAUGAUUCCAAUUUGUUGUGGGUAACAUUAUCUAGCUGGCUAACGUUUUCUAUGCUAGGGUUAAGGAUAAGGUUAUGAGUUAAACUAAAGGGUUACAGUGAAGGUUAGGGAAAGGGUUAGCUAACAACAUGCUAAGUAGUUGCACAUUAGCUAAAAAGUAGCUAAUUAGCUAAACUUGUCCGUGAUUAGAUUUGAACACGCAACCUUUGGGUUGCUAGACGUUCGCGUUAUAUGCCCGACCAACCUCCCUCCGUUUUUGCCUUAAGAAACCUUCCCUCUUAUUUAACCGUACCAAACUGUAACAAAUCUUACUAAUUUGAGUGUCCCGGAUUUACAUGUACUAUGUUAUUUCUAUGAGACCAUGGCAGGCUGACUUAAUCCGUGUGCAUGGUGGCAAUGAUAAAACAGCAGCAAUUUACAUCCUUAUAUGGUCCUGUUAGACAUCUGUUUCCUUAUCAACUCUACUCACCUCCUUUUCCAUCAACUUUGCUCUCCUCCUUUCCAUCAUAUUUCUUUCAGUGUCUAGUGUAUCACGCCAGGCGCUUCUGGAUCUUUCCAUUGGUGGUGUCAGAGUACUCAUAACCCUCCCACUGUGCGGUCGUCACUAGUUACCACAGCCACAAAGUUAUAACGCCUGCCUAUUUCUACAAUUUCUCUUCUUAAACUUUGAUUUUCAACCUAACAUUAAACCCUAACCUUAACCACACUGGUAACCUUAUGCCUAACCCUAACCUUAAAUUAAGACCAUAAAGCUCAUUUAUGUUUUCAUGAAUUUUUACGAUAUUGCAGAGCCACGAAGUCAAAAUCUAGUGGAAACCCCACCUACCUAUCUUGUCACCUGUGAUCCCAUUAAAGCCUUUAGUACUGGUGUUGGAUGGAUCUGAACCAUAUGUGUGAAGCAUUUCCCUAAUUUAUUUAAUACUAUAGUUUUUCUAAGGAUAUGGAAUAUUGGACAUUGUUAUAGCAUCUAUUUCAAUUGAUUGGUCAAUGAUCACACAGUACCAGUUAGAUACAACUCAAAAAUGACUUGUCCAUCAUACAGAACCUACCUAUACGGACUGUAGUUAUGGCAACAUACUACAACCAAUCCAAUCGCGCCAUACAUCUGACAGUAAUCUUCUUAACUCAUGGUCGCUGUCCUUAAAGCACCAUUAAAUGCGUAAUGCGGAUUGAAGGCAUGGAUACUUUGAGCGUUAACCCAGACUCUUCAUGUGGUUUUACCAUCGCCUAAAUUUUACUUUUCAAAAUUGUACUUUGUAUGGAAUGAUAACGUUUUAAACCAUAUAUAUCGUUUAAUCCGAGAUUGACUAUGGUAUUCCGAGUAGAUUACCGCUUUCUCGGCGUGUUUUACGCACCGGAUUUAAAAGGCAUAAUAAUCGGUUAGGCGCCACCCGUUAUUUCACUAAAGUUUAACGACCAAAAUACUGCCCUGGUAUGUUAUCUCUGUUGAGAUUGUUGUGUUUUUACGCACUGGGACUGGGCUAUGAGAAGCUUGUGCGUGGACAGGAUUACAAUCCGGAUACGGGAGCCCGGUUCCUAUGCCGACCCAUCGCAGUUGGCGCUGACACUUGUUUGGUCCCCGUAGUUCCCGAACCAAACGCCGCGGCUCAGGAGGAAGUGUUGAGGAACACAGUCAUGCAGCUCCGUGAAACGGUUCUCCAACAGAAAGAGACGAUAGUCAACCAACUUGGGACCAUAAACGAGCUGACCACCAAGCUCUCCCUCUGCGAGUCAGCCUCCGAGGAGGGGAAGUAUGAAAGUGGUGGAUCUUGGAGUAAAAACAAAAAUAAUCAGAACACAAUGGGAGAUUUACCCAGAGAUCCCAAUGAUACAAUCGACAACCUCGGUAAAACCAUGCAGAGUCUGAAGGACCGACUGGAGAACCUAGAGCAGCAGCAGCAGAGAGCAAACAUGUCGGGAGCGUUGUUCCCCAGCGAGCUGCGAGACCUGCUGCAGCGCAGGCUGGGAGACCUGGAAAAACAGCUGCUCAGUAAGGUCAACAACCUGGAGGAAGAGAAGUCUCUGCUCUACAACGAGACCACAGCCCACAGGCAGAAGACAGAGAGCACCCUCAACUCCCUGCUGACCAGGAUCAAUGAGCUGGAGAAAGGUGGCAGUGGGUUCAAGUCCCCCGAGCAGUUUAAGCUGGUCCUCCCCCUGCGUACUAACUACCUGUACGGACGCAUGGCCAAGAGCCUUCCUGAGAUGUACUCUUUCACUCUGUGCAUGUGGCUGCGGUCCAGCGCCGGCCCUGGCAUAGGCACCCCCUUCUCCUAUGGGGUGCCAGGACAGGCCAAUGAGAUUGUCCUCAUGGAGUGGGGAAACAACCCCAUAGAGUUGCUCAUCAAUGACAAGGUGGCUCAGCUGCCUCUAUCAGUGCGUGAUGGGAGGUGGCGACACAUCUGUAUCACCUGGACCACCAGGGAUGGUCUGUGGGAAGCCUACCAGGAUGGUCAGAAGCUGGGGGCAGGGGAUAACCUGGCCCCCUGGCACCGCAUCAAGCCUGGAGGAGCCAUCAUACUGGGGCAGGAACAGGACAUGGUGGGCGGGCGCUUUGACGCCACACAGGCCUUUGUGGGUGAGCUGAGCCAGGUUAACAUCUGGGACAAGGUCCUGAAGCCAUCUGACAUCCUCACCAUGGCCAACUGUUCCUCCUACACCCCCGGGAACGUGGUGUCCUGGCUGGACAGUGAUGUGGAGGUGUUUGGAGGGGGAGCAGACAAAUUGCCUCUAGAGAUAUGCCAGGACCGGCUGUCUGAGACUGAGUCUUAGGAUGUCUGUCUGUGGCGUGUUGAGAAUCAUGUUCUGGAUCUUGACGACUACUGUACCUGCUACGUGUAAUGCUGGUCAUGUGUUUCGUUUGUCUGUGUAAGGAAAGGCCGAUCUACCUAAUUCCAGAUGAUUCUACUACACAGAGAUCCAGUUUUACACACACACACACUGGCAAACACAGACUUAAUGACACUGGAUUUGGCAUGUGAGGCUGGCUUAGGCAUGUGUGUGGCAUGGGAGGUGUAAGGUACACAGAUUAGCCGUCCCAGGAAUCACAGAGUAACUUACGUCCCAGGCCACAAACAGUAACCUACAUCCUAGGACUCACAUACAGUAAUCUACGUCUCCUGAUGGAAGUCAUUAAAGCCUUUUGCACCUUGAGUGGAGAGCAGAUUUAGGGGAAUAUCUAAACAAACAUUAGCCAGGUGACCGCUAUGUUGAAGGUUUUCAAUAACCUAUAGCAGAGAUGAAGGACUAGUUUUGAUCUUUGAGUUAGUUGGUAAACAUUCCAUAGUUAUGUGUGGAAAUCUGUGUUCUUGUGGCAUCAUGUCUGUUGUACUAUAAUGUUGAUAAGGUUUCAUUAUCACCCAUACUGUUUUCAAUACCCCAAGUCCACCUCAAUGCCUGCAGCAGUAUAUUUUGUUGUCUCUCAAAACUGUUCCGUAAUUAUCCUCUUGUUGUUAGGGACACGUUGGUUUGUUUAGGUCUACAAUGUCUGUGCAGUGGUAGUUUCCAAGAACAAACAAAGUGUAAUUUAUAUGGGAGCAUUGUUACUGUUAAAUAUGUACAUAUCAUUUUUCAAGCAGAAAAAGAACAAUUCAUUAUGUAUGAUAUGAACACUACGUUCAUGUGUAAGAGUGUCUCUUUCCAUGAAAACAAUGUUCGAUGUGUAAAGUUAUUUAAUUGAGAUACAUUGUUGAUUUUGCUCAAGAGACAAUGCUUACUUUUCAUGUGGCCUUUUGAAGAUGUUGUGCCAGAUGCACUUUACUAUGCUAAUUAUUGCCAAAUUAACAAGAAUGUGGGGGGAAAAAAGGACAAAUAAAACAUUAUU